UGGGAGGCGGAGGAGCUGCCAGUCCUGUUCUCUGACGCCGUCGGUAAGAUCGAAAGUAAGCGGCUAACUAACAGGAGACGCGGCCUUCCCCCAAACCAGCAGCGAGGCCUCGGGAACGUCCCGAAAAAGAAGGUUUAGCUCGCCGAACUGCAGACCGGCACCACCUUCUUCGCCGCUUGAAAACAUAUUUUAAGACAAGAAAGCAAGGAAUGUCUUCGCUGAAGGGUAAGAUUCAGACUGUAUUGGGCCUAAUAGACCCUAGCCAACUGGGCUACACUAUGACGCAUGAACACUUGACAAUGGGCUUCAGUUGCUGUUACUACCCGCCACCUCCAGGUCAAGAAGCUCUUUCUGAAAAACCCAUUGAGAUGAAGCACUUGUUUUGGCUUAAACAGAAUCCUUAUAGCCACAAAGAGAAUCUUCUGCUGUAUGAAGAGACUGAUGCUGUGAGAGAAGAACUCCUUCAUUACAAGGCUGUAGGAGGUGGAAGCAUAGUGGAAAAUACAACCACUGGGAUCAUGCGAGAUGUGAAGAUACUAAAACAGCUUUCAGAAGAAACUGGUGUUCAUGUUAUUGCUGGGGCAGGUUUUUACGUAGAUGCCACUCAUUCCUCUGAGACUAAAGCUAUGUCUGUGGAACAGUUGACAGAAGUCAUUGUUAAUGAAGUUCUCAAUGGAGCUGAUGGAAGUAAUAUCAAGUGUGGUGUAAUAGGGGAAAUCGGCUGCUCUUGGCCUCUGACAGACAGUGAAAACAGAGUCCUUAAAGCAACAGCACAUGCCCAGGCCCAACUUGGCUGUCCAGUCAUCAUUCAUCCAGGCCGAAAUGCGGAUUCACCUUUCCAGAUCAUUAGAAUUUUGCAGGAAGCUGGAGCUGAUAUCUCAAAAACUGUGAUGUCUCAUUUGGACAGGACUAUAUUUGAUGAGAAGAAACUAUUAGAGUUUGCCAAACUUGGAUGCUAUUUAGAAUAUGACCUUUUUGGAACCGAAUUUAUUUCUUAUCAUAUGAAUCCUGAUAUUGACAUGCCGAGUGACAAUGAAAGAAUUUUGCGAGUUCGAACAUUGAUUGAAGAAGGUUAUGAUGACAAAAUUGUGAUUGCUCAUGAUAUUCACACAAAACAUAGACUAAAGAAAUAUGGUGGCCAUGGCUAUUCUCAUAUUCUUGAAAAUAUUGUUCCGAAAAUGCUCAUGAGAAGAAUAUCUCAAAAUAAAAUUGAUAAGUUAUUGCUAGAAAAUCCCAAACAGUGGCUAACUUUUAAAUAAGAAAACUGUGGUUCUGUUUCUUUCAGUGAAUGUAAAAAAAAGAAUUGAAAUUCUUCUUGGAUUGAGAAAAAUAUAAUUGUAUUUUUGGAGUACAGAAUAAGAAAAUAAGAUUUGUAAUGCCUGAACCCCAACUUUUUGAUUGUAUGAUUGCAAUGUAAAACAACUUCAAAAUAGAUGUAUUUCUGGGGGGAAAUGUGUUUAAUGAAAUGUUAAUAUGAAGAUAGAGCGUACCAUGUGAAUGAAUCAAAAUUACUUUUUAAUGGCCUUGUAUGGAAUUAAUUGGAUGGAAAACAUCCAUUUGAAUUAAUCAGAAUGAGGGACAGUCAUGAUCUAAGUCACAACUGAAUGUAAAUGCCAUUGUGUUGUGUGUAAAAUCCUUGAUAAAACUACUACAAAGUGUUAUCCUAACAUGAAAUGCAUUGUAUAUCCAGCAAUAAAUGCUUCCUUGCCUCAUGUUAU